AUGGCCGAUCUCCCGCUCCCGGGCUUUUCUGUCUACACGAUGGCGAAGCACAUGCUUGACGGACUCACGAAGGCGGCGGCGCUGGAACUGGCGCCGCGCCGCAUCCGUGUCAAUGCGGUGGCGCCGGGGUUGGGUCUUCUCCCCCCCACAUUGUCGCAGGCGCUGCAGGAAGAGUAUCGCCGGAAUGUGCCACUCGGCCAGCGCGAGGCCUCCGCCGCCGAAAUCGCGGAUGCCGUCGCCUUCCUAGUAUCGAAGGACGCAACGUACAUCACCGGCACAACGCUGAAGGUGGACGGCGGGCUGAGUCUCGCCCGGGCCUGA